CAUUGUUAUUAAAUUCUGUAACUGUUAUUUAUACUACUACUAUAUUUAUCCGAUACGAAUACUUAUUAUUUUUGAUGUUUUAUACUUUGUGGUUGUUAUUUAACUUGCGUAAUGUGGUAGAUACAUUCUUUAACAACAAUAUACGUACGCUAACUGUUUUAAGUGCUACCAUUGAUAAAAGAAGAAAAUCAGCUCUAUGGAAUUUCUUUACCAAGAAGGACAACCACUUGGCUACUUGCAAUAUUUGUCAGAAAGACUUCAGUUAUAAGGGCACUAUAACGAAUCUGAGAAAGCACCUCAUACACAGACAUUCUGAGGGUGCAAUGGAAAAGGAUGAAAACAGUGACUCGGAAAUCGAAUCAGGGAAAACUAAUUUAAUAUGGAGUUGUUUCACGAAGAAGGACAGUACGAUGGCGACGUGUAACGCGUGCCACAAGGAGUACAGCUACAGGUUCUCCACCAGCAACCUGAGGAAGCACUGGAGAGAGAGACAUGUCAAGGACGGAGUCGAUGACAACAGCGACACUGACUUAGAAGAAAUGUCACCACAGAAACUGAGUCCAACAUGGAAGUACUUCGAGGUCCCGGACCCUGAUACCUUCGUCGCGAACUGUAAGGUAUGCGACCGGGAGGUCCCUUUCGAGUCGGUGUCGGACCUCACCCGGCACAUCAGGGACCACAACGUGGCUAUCAGUGAUAGCGAUGUCGAAGAUAUUGGUGAUAAGAGUUUACUUUCCAGGUCCCAAAAUAGGCGGGUAUCAGUCGCGUGGCAGUUCUUCGAGUGUGUAGACAAGCAGGCGAAGCUGGCGAAGUGCCUGAUCUGCCAGAAGCAGUUCUCAUUCAACUCCUCAGUCAGCAACCUGCUCAAACAUGUCAGGAGAAGUCAUCCAGCUUAUAAAAUUAAUGAUGGUACCGAUGAAGUAAAUACAAAAACUGUGAUGAUAUCAUCAGAUGGACAGGUUUAUGAGGUGGAUGAUGCCAAACAUGCAGAAACAGAGGAUGAGAAAGACCCAAUGGAAAUGGAUGCUAUAUAUUUGGAAGACCUCGAUGACUUACAAAACGGAAUAUCACCAAAAAAACUAAAAACUAACCUACAAAAUCAUAACCUAAAAAUGACACCUGUCAAAAGAAAAAUCAAUAAAAGAGAACAGUUACAAGUACCAAAUACUAGGCUACGAAAUACUAGGAUAUUUAGUAACAGGUCGAAUAACAGUUCCGAUGACGAUACUAGGGAUAGAAAACCGAGUAAAUCGGAAAGUCUUAAUUAUUUUGGAAAAUAUGUCGUUUCGUUAUUAAGUGAUUUGCCAAAACAUGUUUCGGAACAACUGCAAGGGGAUAUAAUUAAACAAAUUAUUACCACUAAGGUAGCUUUGCAGUCGAAUUCUGAAUGUUCCACAAGUAGUGAGGUGUAUAAGAAUCUAGUGAGUACUGAAGUAACUGUUACUACGGAUACUGAUAUCAAUGGAACGAAGACCCCGCCGAGUCAUUAAAACUAUCAGACGUAUGGAGCUACUUCGAGCAGGAGUCUGACAGGCAGGCGUGCUGCGUGGUCUGCAGGACUGACAUCAGUAACGACUAUGAGGACCUGAAGGCGCAUCUGCAGGAACAGCAUCCGAAGCUGCUGCUGCAGAUUAUGCAGGACAAUGAACAGAAUUCAGACGCAGAAGCAUCGAACGCUGACGAUAACGAAACAUACACAGAAAUAGUAUAUCUCGAACAAGAUCCGCAAGUCGAAACGAGCAGAAAAAAGACACCUGUCAGAACUGUACACAAAUCCGCGCCAAAAUCGCCCAAGAAACGUCAAAGAUUUGACAGCGACGACGACGUCCCGAUCAAGAAAAAAAAAGAAGAAACCGACGAAUUAGGCGCCUUUUUACAAUAUAUUAGUGUUUUACUAAAAAAAUUAACGCCAGACGCGUUUUCGAAAGUACAAAUAGAGAUUAUUAAUACGAUUUUAAAAGCAAAUACUGUUUCUGAGACUAGAACUUUGAAUGUAGAGUCUAGCGGUACAGAUAAUGUCGCAAAUGUUAUUCCUGUCAGUGACUUGACUACUCUAAGUAAUUUGGGACAUAAUUACACAAUAACAGUCGCCGCGAAACCAAGUGACAAUAACGUGACGAAUAUGGACAAUGUCAGUUUGAGUUGAUUUUGACAGCUGUCAAAAUUACAGUUGCUUUCUUUUGUGUCUAUACUUCUUUGUGACGUUACGCGUAAAAUGAUUGCGUAAGUGAAAUGUUUUGCUUAAAAUGUGAAUUGAGAAUACCUACGUAUUCUUACUUUUUUUACGAAUGUACUGUAAAUAGUAGCAAUUAAAAGUUUAAUGCAUUUU